AUGUUCAGGGAUGUGGAGACCAGUGUACAAGAGCUAAGAAGCCAAGCCAUUCAAAAUGCCCAAUCCCGAUACACUAUAAAAGGCUCACUCCUCUCUUAUCCAAUGUCUAAGGACAGUCACACAAUGUCCCUAACCUCACCUCUCCUCCAACUUCCUCUCUGCCAGUUCAAAUCCCUCAGCCUCACCACCCCAUUCCUUCAUGGCUCCUCACCAAUUUCCCUAUUCACCAAACCCCCUUCCUCUUCUUCUCCACCAUCCCCACAAUCCCCCAUUUUCCUCCCACCAAUCCGAGCCAUGAAGUCACUGCAAGGCCGAGUGGUCUGCGCCACCAGCGACAAGACCGUGGCCGUCGAGGUGGUCCGUCUAGCUCCGCACCCAAAGUACAAGCGGAGAGUGAGGAAGAAGAAGAAGUACCAAGCUCACGACCCCGAGAACCAGUUCAAAGUUGGGGACUUUGUUCAGCUCGAAAAGAGUAGACCCAUUAGCAAGACCAAGACUUUCNGGCCUCAUACAGAGUUCAAACCAUCUGGCGAAGGAAGCCAAGCCAUUCAAAAUGCCCAAUCCCGAUACACUAUAAAAGGCUCACUCCUCUCUUAUCCAAUGUCUAAGGACAGUCACACAAUGUCCCUAACCUCACCUCUCCUCCAACUUCCUCUCUGCCAGUUCAAAUCCCUCAGCCUCACCACCCCAUUCCUUCAUGGCUCCUCACCAAUUUCCCUAUUCACCAAACCCCCUUCCUCUUCUUCUCCACCAUCCCCACAAUCCCCCAUUUUCCUCCCACCAAUCCGAGCCAUGAAGUCACUGCAAGGCCGAGUGGUCUGCGCCACCAGCGACAAGACCGUGGCCGUCGAGGUGGUCCGUCUAGCUCCGCACCCAAAGUACAAGCGGAGAGUGAGGAAGAAGAAGAAGUACCAAGCUCACGACCCCGAGAACCAGUUCAAAGUUGGGGACUUUGUUCAGCUCGAAAAGAGUAGACCCAUUAGCAAGACCAAGACUUUCGUUGCUGUUCCCGUCAUCGGAAGGAAUGCGCCAAAGUCGAAGGAGGCUGUAGCUCAGGAACUUGUACUUCCAUUGGAGUCUCUNUAA